UCAGCGGUCUAAACUUGAAGAGCACCAAACGAUAUUUUUCCAAACAAUCAUGAUGCGACAAAGACGGAAUCAGCUAUGAAAUCAGCUGGUAUUUAGCUUUUGGUUAUACUUGGCGUAUUGGUUAUACUUUAGUAGUAUAAUCGAAAUAUCUUAAACCGCAGCGCCAUUUGUACCGAUCGACGUUUUGACACCACACAAGACGGAAUAAACCUAACUCUGCUGUGGCACCGAUUCCUGUCGAAAAUGGCCACUUCUAGUUUUUUAGAAGGGGUAGACAAUGAAGUUUUAGUUUCAUUUCUCGUUCUUUUAGCGAUAAUCAUCGCAACUCUCCUCUACCUCUUCAAGAGCAGUCGAAGCGCUUUACCAGCCUGGAAUUGGAACCAAAUUAUCGAUGUUUUUCUUGGGAGUGAUGACGAACAACAAAACGAAAGUCAGAACGUCCCUCUUGGGGAAAAUCUAACAAGGAACCUGAGUGAGGAACCGGAUGAAUCGGGGCGUCAAACCGCGUCUCCUGAAUCUACAGAGAUCACUGGUCAUGCCAAUAGUGCUGAGAAUGAUGUUGCUGCUAGACGCAGAAGACCACAAGAUAAUUUUCUAAAUAGCACCUCUGACAUUACAGGAGGUGACCACCAACAGCAGGGGAGCGAGGGAAUCACACUUCGAGUCAAACAUCACGAAAAUGAAAGAAACUUCGGUGUAGAUGCAAACAUUACUGUUGGGCAGCUUAAAAGGCUAUGUUUCUCUCAAGAAAUCUCCCAAGGAAAAAGAGUGCGUCUGAUUUUCAGUGGACAUCUUCUUGGUGAUGAUAAUGCUACUAUCUCAUUUUAUGGCGUGACAAACCUCUCUGUUGUUCACGCACAAAUUUCUGAUGUUUCCCAACCUGAGCACCCAAAUGGAGAUGCUGAAGUGGAGCUUGAUGUUAGUCGUCUCUUUGUACCUUUAAUUAUCAUAAUGCUAUUCGUUUGCUGGUAUGGACUGAUUUACUAUAGACAGCUUUUUGAUUCAACAUCAAUAUUUUUGCUUUUUGUUAUAACAGCUGCUUUUGGGUUUCAAGUAUUUGUCAUGUUUGGCUAUAUUUAAGUUGACACAAGAUGAUAAACAACUGAAGGAGAGAGAGUGCCCACCCAACUAUAUGUUAUUUAAUAUCAAAUAAUUAUCUUAUAAAGUUUCUUUGCAGUAUUAGAACUGUAUUUUGUCAAAAGAAGAAUGCAGUAAAAAAAUGUCCAUAAAGAGUAAACAAGUGAAACAAAGCAAUCAUGUAGAGUUUUCAUGGUUAAAAUGCAAUCAAGUGGUGCAAUAUAGGGAUUGAGCAACAUAUAGAUAUAGGUAUAGAUAUAUAGAUUAAGGUAUAGAUGAAAGAUGUGGAUUUGUAGAUAGCUGAUUUGUUGAGAUCUUAUUUUCACAGAUCUCCUGACUGCUA